AGAAAAGCGUCGGACGCCGAGCCGAUCAUGGACGCUUGACAACCUGCGGACAGGCGCCGGGAGGCCGAGCCAGCGACCGAAGAGGACGGAGAGACGGCGAGGGCAGAUCUCAAGGCCAGAGAAUGGCAGGUGAACAGAAACCCUCAAGUAACCUCCUGGAACAGUUUAUUUUACUAGCCAAAGGUACCAGUGGCUCAGCCCUCACUGCUCUCAUAAGCCAGGUGUUGGAGGCUCCUGGAGUAUAUGUCUUUGGAGAACUGCUGGAGCUGGCCAAUGUGCAGGAGCUUGCAGAAGGAGCUAAUGCUGCAUAUUUGCAGUUGCUGAAUCUGUUUGCCUAUGGAACAUACCCAGAUUACAUAGCCAACAAGGAGAGCCUGCCAGAACUGAGCACAGCUCAACAGAACAAGCUGAAACACCUUACCAUCGUGAGCUUGGCGUCGAGAAUGAAGUGUAUCCCCUACUCCGUGCUGCUGAAGGACCUGGAGAUGAGGAAUCUCCGGGAACUGGAAGACCUCAUCAUUGAGGCUGUGUACACUGACAUCAUCCAGGGGAAGCUGGACCAGCGAAACCAGCUGCUGGAAGUGGAUUUCUGCAUUGGCCGUGACAUCCGAAAGAAGGAUAUCAAUAAUAUUGUCAAGACCUUGCAUGAAUGGUGCGAUGGCUGCGAAGCGGUUCUGCUAGGCAUCGAGCAGCAAGUUCUGCGAGCCAACCAGUACAAGGAGAACCACAGCCGAACUCAGCAGCAGGUAGAGGCAGAGGUUACCAACAUUAAGAAGACACUCAAAGCCACUGCUGCCUCCUCGGCUCAGGAGAUGGAGCAACAAUUGGCGGAACGGGAGUGUCCCCCUCACGCUGAGCAGAGGCAGCCCACCAAGAAGAUGUCCAAAGUGAAAGGUCUGGUCUCCAGCCGCCACUAGGGCCGGCUGGGGCAGCUGGUACUCACCAGGCCUGGGUCAGGUGGGGAGGGGACACCAAGGGCCUAUUUCCUCCCCUCUCUACCUUCCGUGAGUUCCAGACCUGCCCGUCCCCUCACCAGCGCCUCCCACCCUGUUGGUACUGUUCCAGAAGAACCGUUAAUCCUUUCUCCCCCACUUUCUCCUCCCCCAGUUGUUCCUUCAGACUCAGGGGCUCCACUGAUGCCAUCCCAACAGGGUCAGACACUGCCCAGCUUCCCUCCAGGAGGUUCUUGUCUUUGUUUAAGGGCUUGUCUCCCUCCCAGUUUUUCUUUUGCUCUGUGUCAUUUUUGUCAGGCUGGUCCUAAGCCGGAGGCAGCUUUAGCCGGCCCGCAGGAUGACUGCGAAGGAGGCUCCUCUCUGAGUGAGGAGGAGGGUCUGCCUCCUCCAGCCCCAUGUACCACAGUACCCACACGGGUGCAGGUGGUCUCUAGCCAGGUAUCAAAUGCUUCGUUUUCCCUCUCCUGCCUUAUCCCUUGUUGGCAGCUCCGAUCAGGCCACGGAGGGAUGUGAUGCUGGGCUAUGUUUACUAAACCUGCGGGUUUUCAGCCUCUUAAGCCCAGCUCCAAUCUCUCAUUAGUCGGGAGCACUGGGUUGACUAACCUCUGGUAUCUGAGCACCAGUGGAGGGUGCUGCGGGUCUGCUGGGUGGCAGAAGUUUCUUCUGGUUUGGUGUUCUUUGCUGGCCACGCUUCCUGCCCUGCUGCCCCCUUGACUCCUCAGCCUGGUUUUCAGUGUGAAGGCCCCAGCUGCCGCCCAGAACUGUCCGCCGACACUUGCUCUCCCGAGACCCUUUAUCCCUCCUGGCGGUGUCUAAGCUGGGGACGGUCGUGCUGAGGGCCCUCUGUCUGCUGAAGGACCUGCUGCUGCUUCUGUCUCUCUCUUUCCACCCCUUCUUGGCUGAUGACCCAGAGCCCUCUGAUGAUGGCAUUCUCCUGGCAAGAGAAAAGGACUUGACUAGCCUUUCUGAACUUGAACAGUUUCAGGUUAUAUUUUAAUUUUUUUUUUUUUUUUUUUGUACAGGUUCUGAUUCUAAUACAUUUCAACAUGCUUUUUUUUCCCCCUCGUGUCAAUAUUUGUUAAACUAAUCGCCGGUGAUUUUUCACCUGGUUGGAGGGUGGUGUGUGUGUUUGUGUGUGUGUGUUGUUGUUUUUUUUUUUAAGGGGAGGUGGAGGUCCUGGACUGAUAUUAAAGUUCAAUGAGAGAAAAAGCACAUUUUAGAACAAGAAA